UAUUUCUGUGAUAUUGUGUAUUCCUGGACAGGCUGAAAAGUAUUCAGAACGGCCCCGGAUAUCUGUUAAGGAUGGUCAUCUAAUGUUUAUAGCUCCACCUUUCAAGAAUAUAACCUUCAAGUCCCCGUCUGGAGUUUUUGUGAAUAAUAUGGAUUUGUUAGUAACCUUAGACAAGGUAAGUAUCUGUGAAUAGACAG